CUGGUGCACUGCUAUCUUGGGAUUGGAUUCAGGCCACUUUCUUCCGAAAACCCAUUGUUUAUUGUUUAAUUUGGCGCCACCCCCUCCACCUACCGGAAUUUAGUGUUGACAUGGCUACGGAGCGGAUAACCGCCUGCACUUAGUUUCUAGCCAGCGUCGAGCGAUGACUGUUUGGGGAAUAGAAGCCAUCACACUGAACGGAUCGUCGGCAAGGGAAAGUUUGGAGCACCUUCCGGGAAACGGUGCAAUUCGGGAGAUUCCAGAGGUGGGAGCUAUGAACUCCGUGGAGCGCUACCGGCAGGAGUGGCAGGUGCUGCUCCAAAACCUCGAUGCGGACCCGGAAAGUCUCCGGCAGUCGGCAUUUGCCGGCGAUCUCAAGAUGUCCAAAUUCCGCAGCGUUCACUGGGCCCUCCUACUGCGCGUCCUGACGUCGGAGUACCGCAGUUGGGCUAGCCAGCGACUGCAGCAGCGAGUGAGGUACGACAAGUUCCGGGCGGACUACGUCCGUAAUCCGCACCAACUGGCCGUGGACUGCAACGAUGACCCGCUGUCACAGUCGACGCAAAGCGUAUGGAAUCAGUACUUCAGCGACCAGGAACUAUUCGCCGUCAUCCGGCAGGAUGUGGUGCGCACUUUCCCGGGCGUGGACUUCUUCCGUAAGCCAUUGGUGCAGAAUGCAAUGGUCAACAUACUGUUCUACUACGCCAGGGAGCAUCCGUACAUGUGCUACCGGCAGGGCAUGCACGAGAUCCUGGCUCCCAUCAUAUUCGUGGUCUACAGCGAUCACCAGUCCCUGCUUCACUUUAGCGAACUGGCGAAGACGGAUAUCAAUUCCACGCUGCUGGACGUGCUGGAUCCCGCGUAUCUGGAAGCGGAUACCUACUCUUUGUUCUCCCGCCUCAUGGCCUCCGUGGAGUCGUACUAUCGCGUCUCGAAUCUGGUCUCCACACCCGGUGGCCACAUCGAACAGCGAGCCGAGAGCCCCGGGGACAAUGAGACGCCGACCGAGGCGGAGGUUAUCGGCCAGCUGAACUUCAUACGGGACAAAAUACUCGCCAAGCAGGACCAGCACUUGCACCACUAUCUACAAAAGAUGGAAAUCCCACUGCACAUAUUCGGCAUUCGAUGGCUAAGACUUCUCUUUGGACGGGAGUUUAUGCUGCUAGACCUGUUGCUGCUCUGGGAUGCCAUCUUUGCAGAUAGCGACCGCUUCGACCUGCCCAACUACAUUCUAGUGGCCAUGUUGGUGCACAUCCGUGAUAAACUGCUUCUUAGUGACUACACCACAUCGUUGACAUAUCUAAUGCGCUACCCAAACAAUGUGGACGUUCAUCUGGUGCUGAGGCAUGCCCUAUUCAUGCUCAAUCCCAAGCAGUUUGAGUAUCCGCCAAACGCCUUCACGUGUGUGUCCUUUGCCAACAGUUCUGCGGACAAGGAAGUGCCUCCUCCUGCGGGACAACGCCCGCGCACCAAUUCAGAAAACUCUUCGAUGGCCACUAGUGCUAGCCAGAUCGAUCGGCAGAUCACCUUCAUGCAGGAGCGCAAUGCGGCGGAUUCUUCUGCGCUGGCCAAACUGCAAGAUACCCAUCGAGUUGCAAUGGAUGGAUACUUGGAGAAUAGUCCAGAGCUACUCCGAUUGGAGCUGAAGAAUGCCCAAACUGUAAUCAAGAUAGCCCGAAGCAAGUUGCAGAGCUACCUGAGCAAUGUGCGCCAUCAUGUGGGAAAGCAGGCGAGUAGUAGCGAAGAACUCGGUCGGACACUGGACGGGAUUGAAGAGCUAUGCAGCUUUCUGGACGUUAAAUUCAUGUUCCCGCUGCACCAGCGAUCGGCGCCCAUCGACCAGGCUCUGGAGGCCAACGAGCAGAAGCAGCUGAACAGCAAACCGCCAAAGCUAACGGCUUCCUCCACUCCCGCUAACGCACCCGCUGCUCUCUCUGCAACUGGCGGCUAUCAGAUGCCCGAAAACGCCUUUAUGCACAGCUCGAUGCGACGGCUCCUGGGGGAACUGCGUGAAAUCGAGCUGUCCACGAUAACGAGCGAUGAGAAGCCUGGAAAUGCGGUGGUGCAAAACGGAUUGCCAGCUGCGGAGCCCCAGCAAAGGCAUAAAAACGAAUCGAGUUGAUCGUAACGACUGAAACUGAAUUUAGACUUAAACAGAGCAGCCACAAAGUGGAUAAACCAGAACUAGUAAGAAUUAUGAUUAGAAGACAUACAGUUUACUUAAAUAUUUCGGACUUGAAUAAGUCCAUAAUUUGUAAUUUUCUUAAUGAAAAAUAAAUAUUUUCUGGUAUUGGAAUGGUUCCGAAACAAAACGUCUUCAAAA